UGUUAAAUUGUAAUUUUAGAAUUAAUAAUAAUUAUUGUUUUAAAAGGGUUAUUUAAAAGCACUCGGAAUGGCUCGGACAGCAGAAGUAAAGAGAGAUGCUCGAAUCGGAGAAGCCGAAGCCCGUCGUGAUGCCCAAAUUAAGGAAGCACUUGCAGAAGAAGAAAGAAUGGCUGCUCGUUAUCUAAAUGAUACAGAAAUUGCAAAAGCCCAAAGAGAUUUUGAAUUAAAAAAGGCAGCUUAUGAUAUGGAAGUGAAUACUAAGAAAGCCGAAAGUGAUCUUGCUUAUAAUUUGCAAGCUGCUAAAACACGUCAGCGCAUAAAAGAAGAACAAAUGCAAGUAAAAGUUGUUGAAAGAACUCAAGAAAUACAGAUUCAAGAACAAGAAAUUAUGCGUAAAGAGAAAGAAUUGGAGGCAACUAUUCGCCGUCCUGCCGAAGCAGAAAAGUAUCGUUUAGAGAAAUUAGCCGAAGCUAAUAGAAAUAGAGUUAUUAUGGAGGCCGAAGCAGAAUCUGAAGCUGUUAAACUGAAAGGAGAAGCAGAAGCUUAUGCAAUAGAAGCUAAAGCCAAAGCAGAAGCCGAGCAAAUGGCCAAGAAAGCCGAUGCCUUCCGCGAAUACAAAGAUGCAGCCAUGAUUGAUAUGGUAUUAGAUACAUUGCCAAAGGUUGCUGCAGAGAUAGCUGCUCCAUUGACUCAGUGCAAGAAAGUAGUUAUGGUCUCAUCCGGUAAAGGUGAUAUUGGAGCAAGUAAAUUAACUGGUGAAGUAAUGGAUAUUAUGACAAAAGUUCCACACAUGGUCAGUCAGAUGACAGGUGUUAACAUUGUCAACCUAUAUAGAUGAUGUCCUCAUCAUGCAGCACAACAAGCCCAACCUACAAGAUUUCCUCACCAAGUUCAACACAAACCCAUGUGGCCUCCUCCUCCAUCCAAAGCAACAAAAAGGCUAUGAAGUGCACAUCCUCAAUCUAUAUUUAUCACUUCUUAAGGGUCGUAUCUCAACAAGAGUGUACGGGAAGCCAUCGUAAAAUCCACUCUUCAUCGUAGUCCCCUCCCAUAAUCUAUA